CACAUGAUUGGUGGUACGUACAGUACCAGUGUCCAGUAUUCUAUAGCUCUGGGCUAAUGCAGGAAGCUACGCCAAAUAAUAAAGAAAGAGUCCCUGGCCUUUAAUUAUAGUGAGCUAUGACGCCUAUGAGUAAACAAAUAAAACGUAAGCAAGUAAAAGUGGUAAAACGGGUAUUAUAAUUGACACAAAAAUUGACAUGACAUGUGAAAUCAUCUCAUUAAAUUAUGUCUAACAACAUCGAAGACAAGCUAAAGGAAUAUCGUCGCCGUAAAGAGGCAGAAGUUAAGUUGUCACAUCGUAAAUCAAUAUGGGAAAGACUUUUCCCAGAAAAGUUAAGAAGUCCAAAUGAAAACGUCACUGUUGCUCGCGAAAUUGCCGGGAAUGUUUUAGACUGCGACCAAAAUCAAGCAUCCAUAGUAAAUCACGCAGAAGAGCCAGAGUUAAAGAGUAGUUCUAAUCAAGGACCAAAAAUAACACAAAAGCCUUAUUCUCGGAGAAAAACAGAAUCAACUGAAUCACUCAAACAGGUUCCACAUAGUAAACAAUCAAGUUCUCUGCUGCACAAUCAGACUACUCCUCAUGAAAUAAGUAGUAAUGAUAGAGAAUUCAAAUGGUUUCUUUAUUUUCUGAAAAUAGUACUGUGGAUUGUACUUUAUUUGCUUUGUUUGGAGCUGGAAUUCGGUGCAGUUUAUAUUAUUUUCUCUGCCUUCUAUCUAAUAUUUACCAACUUUCGAAAUGGACAAAGAAAGUCAUGGGAACCAAGUGCAUAUUCAGUUUUUAAUCCUGGGUGUGAAGCAAUUGAUGGUACAUUGAAACCAGAGCAAUUUGAAAAGGAAAUUCGAUACGGUUUUUAAAUUUAUCCUAUAAAUAUGUUUUUUUUUACACUGAUUUGAGGGAUUCUGCUACAUGGAAAUAUGUGUCAUCAUAUUAUUAAAGCAAAAUAAAUUUAUGUAGUGUCAUC